CUGUAAUAGUGUAUUGUAGCCUGAUGAUGUCUCUUUUAAUUACCGACUAAACAUUUUACAAUAUUUACAUUUAUCUGGAUCUCACCAGAGAACAUCAUGGCCAGCUCAGAACCAGGUGAAGUACCGAAGGAAGAGCUGAUGUACAAGUCAUUGCUGAGGACAGUACUGCGGCAGCAGAUUCAGCUCCUGGUUGAACAGUUGAGUGAGAAAGUAGGGGAGGAAACUGUGGUAUUGUCUGCCAGUGUUGCAGAUGGAGAGUUGUCCCAUCUUGGAUCAAAAUAUGGUCGAAUUUUCAUUGAAAAGGAAGACUGGUUUAAAAAGAAGUUCCAGGCAUUUUGUUGCAAUGGUUCUCUCAGUGACAUACCAGUGCAGCAUUUAAAUGAGACUCCAAUGGCAGGUGACCCUAAACCUCACAACCAGACCUUGUCAAACCCUAGACCUCAUGGUAACAGAAGUGAACUAGCAGAGAAAAUUAACCCUGGUAAUAAAAAUGAACUAAUAGAACAGGUAAACAAGAAACAUUAUUUAGCAGAAUCUGUAAAUGAGAACAUAAAAACUUAUUUUCACUCAAAAGAAACGGAUGCAGCAUGUGACAUUGAUCCCCCGGCUAAAGUAAGGAAAUUACAUCAUGAAGCAGACAAAACUUGGCAGUUUAAUACAGAAAUGUUGAAAAUUCCAGAUCUGUCCCAGGCUAAUUCAGAUUUCAUGAAGAAAUUGAACUCUGCUGUUGGCAUACCUCUGCCCAAAAGUUCAGAGGGUGAUUCAAAUAGCAAUGGCCAGGAAGAGCAAAGUUUUCAGUCCCCAAACGAUGAACUUGAUGUGGAUACGUCAAUAGUAAAGGUGGAAAAGGAGGUUGAUGAAAUGACGGACAGAUAUUGCACUGAUAGGAUGAUGGAGCAAUACAAGAUGAACAUGCAGAGGUUUGCUGACAGUGGUUCUGUGUUUCAUUUUAAUGAUGUGCAAUUUCCAAGUGUUCAUUCAUUGGCUAGAUCCUGGACUGGGCAGCCACCUGUCAUGCAGUCUCCAAAUAACACAGCUGCUUCAGUGUCGCAGUCGCAAAACCACAAUCCUUUCUAUACCGUGGAAAAUCACAAUGUUUUGAGUCCGUAUGGAGAGGUAGUCCUUCGAACAUUCAAAUGCCAGUUUUGUGAGAAGGAAUUUCGAGAGAAAACUAAUUUGAAGGUUCAUUUGAGAACACACACCGGUGAACGUCCGUUUAAAUGUUUCUUAUGCGGCAAAGACUUCUCUCAUAGUUCUAACUUGAAGCAACACGAAAGGGGGGUUCACAAAUUGCCAAGCCGUUUACCGCAGUACAAACAGCAGUUUUACAAUGAGUUUAAUAAACUGGCAUCUGAGCUGUACCCAAACACCUCUCUAUCUGGAUCAAACCUCCCAUCAGAGUACACAUGUAGUGGUGCUUUACCAGACAUUGGAACUAACAGAGAUAAUGUGGCUUGUCAGGAUCGGGACAAAUUUUUUGCAAACAGUGGAGUUAUCAAAACUGAGAAUUUUGAAGAUGAUGAGACUCUGGCUUCUGAAAUGAAGGAACCGUUGGUUUCUGUUUAGUCUCUGUAAAAAUGUUGAUUUAUGUGGUUGUAAAAAUGGUGUAUUUAUGUUGUAGAAACAAUUGUAUUUGUGUGUUUUAAAUUUGAAGUGUUACAACAAGAUGGUAGAAGGGUGCAUUAUUCUGGUUUGAAUAGUUAGAGAAAUUUAAGUGUGUAGCUGAAGUGGUGAAGGAAACAGAAAAAUGGUCAGUUUAAAAAUCCAAAAAGGUUAGUGAAAUAUCAAUGACCCUUACAUCUGUAUCUAAAUUGUUGUUAAAGUGUGUGUUGUACAGUGUAAUAAAUUACAUAGCUUCAUCUAGCUUUCCCUUAAAAUGUUUUGAAUCACAAAACUCACAGGUUGUUGGUCAACAGGGGAAGAAUGGAAAGACGGACCAGUUUUGUGAGGUUCUCUUAUAAUUAAAUAAAUUUAUGGGAUUUCUUUGUGGAACAUAUGUUAUUUAGUUCAAAUAAGGUGUUGAAACUUAGGUGCUUUAUUGGUCAUUGAAUAUUUGAAAAAAAAUGACUGAAAUUUUAACAGUUUUGUAACAGAUUUUCAAAUUUUUCGGUUUUACCAACCUAGAAGGGUAGUUCUAUAGAACCAAAAAGUAGAAGGUUCACCACCGUCUAUUUCACUCUAGAUAUUUCCCAAAUCCUGUACCAAGGGUUCAAGUUUUAAUUUUAAAGUUGUUUUACUAACAACCUACUGUGUUAUUCAGGUGAAACUUUGUCUAUAUUUCUGUCAUCUACUCCAGCAUCAGUGAAAAGUUAUCCCAUUACAUUUCUCUACAUUUUGUCAGAGUUAACAGGGCCUGUUAGUUAUCAUUGUAUAUAUGUUACCAAAAUAUAUUAAAGAUCAUUCACUUGGCAAAUCAGUAAAUACCAUUUUUAUUACAAAUGAAAUUUGACCUUUUUUAUUACAAUUAAAACUUGAAUGUUAGUUAUUGUAAUUUUUUUUCCAAAAUAUAGUUUAAAUUUUUUAUUGUAAGUCCUAUAAUCAAAAGGACUCAAAUGGUCUUAUUAUUAGUUAGGGAUUUUGCAGCUCAGUUUUGUUCUAAGAGUAUGAAAUAAAUAAAUUUUUAUUUAAUGUGGAAUGUUUUAAGAUCUAUUUAUUUUUACUGAAGCUGUCAGAUAUUUUUUAAGAAAUGCCUUAUCUAAUAAGCGCUGCUACCUCCAUGUUGGGAAACACAUGCAUAAUAUAUUCAUACUUUGCUUUACUAUCAAAUCGUUGUGUUUUAUGUGUAUAUGUGGCCCUAUUUUAAUAUUCUUGCCAUGCGUUAUUUGCCUUUGUUAUUUAUUAUGUCCCCCUUUGAAGAAGAGGGGGUAUAUUGCUUUGCACAUGUCGGUCCGUCUGUCCGUCCGUCCACCAGAUGGUUUUCGGAUUAUAACUCAAGAACGCUUAGGCC